AUGGAUCGUGCCCAAGCCGUCAGAUCGCCGCUGGACCAACUCGAGGCGCAGGUCAAUCUCGUCGUUAUCGCUGGUGCAAACAACAACUUUCACGAUGCGCUUGAUCAAUUGGAAGGCGAACUGACUCUGGCACGCGCAGUCAUGCGACGUGAUCUCGCUGUAUACCGCUCUCAGCGAGGAGCUCGAGUGAAAGCCGAAGUUACCACUACAGUAGAACCUGCAGGUGGCACAGACAACACAACAGCAAUCAAUCUAGAUGAUGAUAUUGUUAUGGGAGAGUCACCAGUCCAAGAUGCUAAGCCAUCACCACCCAAGGAAGAAAUCUCACCUCCGGAAGGAGAGAACCCCACUGAACGCACUACACCACUUCACCUUGACAUCCCUGGCCAAGAUCACCAAGCCGCGGGUCAUCCGGGCGAUGAGAACACUGGCACGUACAGCAACUUCGAUUUCGAAUCCCUAUUCAACGACCCAAGCAGUGCAGGUGGCGGAUCCAGAGCAAGUCCCAAGAACAUACCCGAUCCUUCACCACCUGCACCACGAGCAGAAGAGGCACCGCCAGUCAACCCUCCAACACAAGACACAAAGCCGCCUCCGACCAGAACGAUGACUAUUCCCGACGACGAACCCAUCAAACCAGCAUCUUUCAACAACGGCAACGACGACUUUGACUUUGCCGAUCUGACAAACUUCGGCCCCGCCGACACAGAUAUGCAAGACACAGAUGGUAUAUCCUCUCUUCUCCCCGGCCUCGAAAGCUAUGCAAACUCCGGCGGUGGCAACGGAGGCACGGAAUCAAAUCCCCAAUCGGUUCCCGCAGACUUUGACAUCUUUGACGCAGCGGGUGUUGGUGACUUUGGCAGUGCUCCACCACAAAAGGCUGAUGCCAAGCAAGAUGCGCAACAGCAGUCCGAGAUGGGCAAUAGAGAUGAUACCUUCGACGACAUUAUGAACUUUACAGAGUUUGACAUGGGCGACUUUUCUGGGAGUGCCGGCGGUGAGGGCGGUGAGAGUAAAUUCGAUGCCUCGUUCUUUGACAUUUGA